AUGACAUCCCUAGCAUGCACAGCAUACUCGAUCCAAAAUCCCUUCCGGACUCGGACUCUGAGCGGAGAAAUCACUCCUCUCAUGUGCAUCAGAUACGUGGCCAACAAUGAAAUAGCCAUGAUGGCCAAGAUGGCUGGCUUCCACGGCCUAUUCAUAGACAUGGAGCAUUCCUCGCUAGACAUGCCCGCCGUGUCGCAGCUCAUUCUAGCGUGCAACUAUGUCGGCAUCUCACCCGUAGUGCGCUCCCCUUCCAAAUCUCACUGGCACAUCAGUCGCAUUCUCGACGCGGGUGCUUCGGCCGUGGUGAUUCCUCACAUCGAAACUGUGCAGGAGGUGCGGGAUUUGGUGAAAUACGCCAAGUAUACGCCGUUGGGCAUUCGUGGCUGCACGAAUCAGCUGGCUAUCAACAAUUUCCAGCAUGUGCCAACGUUGAUACAGAAUGAAGUGUUGAACAAAGAGUCGAUGUUGAUUCCUAUGAUUGAGACUACUAGUGCUGUGGAGCUGGUAGAAGAGAUUUUAGCAAUUGAAGGCGUUGACGGCGUCUUGGUUGGCUCUUAUGAUCUAUGCAGCGAUUUGGGAAUCCCAGAACAGUAUGAUGAGCCGGUCUACCUAGAUUCGGUGGUCAAGGUCAUCGAGGCGGCUAAUAAGGUGGGCAAACCGGUUGGAAUCGGUGGUCUCAAUUCUCGUAUGGAUCUCUUAGAGAGAUGGUUCUCUAUGGGUGCAGUCUGGUCUCUCGGAGCUGCCGAUGGGGCAAUUCUGCAAAAUGGAAUGAAGCAGGUAGCAAAGAAGUACGUGGAUAUCAAUGAAAGAGUGCAGAAGGUGAGGGCAAGUGCUAAGGAGUAG